AUGGACCCGUACAACUCCCACUACGGCAACCGCUACGAUCCUGUCGGCAGCCAGUACAAUCAACAGCACCAUCGGAAUUAUUACACCCCGAAUUCGAACCAGUCCACCUCGCAACAGGACCGCACUUCUACUCAGACGCCUCAAACACAGCCUUCUGCUCCAGCUGGAUACCAGUCAUCGUAUACCGCUGGCUACUCGAAUCAAUCUUACUACAACUACCCCUCGACCGAGAGCCGCGCUGCCGAGACUUUGAGCCACUUGAGUGCCCAGGACCACCCAGCCACAUCCACUCGACCGUCAAACUCCCAAUACGAGACAAACUCUCGCUCAGACUCCUCAUGGAACACAUCCGAUCGGCCGUCGACUCAGCAGCACCACUCCUCAGCCACAACCUCAACCUCCUGGCACAACGCUGAUCGACGAACUGCCAAUCCAUCUCCGUUAUACCAGCAGGAACAAAGGCAGUCUACCACUACUGCCAACUACAGCCCCGCUCAAUCUUACACCCAACCCGCUAGUAACAACGACACAUAUUCCUACUCCUCAUACACUCAGUCAGAGCAGCCGAGAGCCCACACGACGACAUCGGACCAGCCUAUAUCCUACGACUACUCUACUUCGAAUUUUCGCGCGGCCAGCCCUUACAUAGCUCGUCGACAACAGCAGCCCAGCAACCCUCGAUCCAGCAUCUCUUCAGUGGCCUCGACAGCCCCUCGCGACCAUCACUUGACCGCUACUGCUUCACAUACAUCCGCAAACGUUGGCCAGCCUCGUGCGCCGAGCGUCACUCCGAGUUCGGUCCAGCAACGAGCCAGCUCUUCGUACGCCCAUAACUCCAGCACUCAAGAUCAGGGCUACGGUUCUGGUCCUACUACCGUAGAUCCUGUGCAGGUCUACGACCCUUGGCCGGAGCAGCAACGAAAACUAGCAGAAGCAAGACGAAAGGCCGAAGCUGAAGAGAAGCGACGAGCUGAGGAAGAAGCGAAAAUCAAGGCCGAGGAAGAGGCAAAACGCAGGGCUGAAGAGGAAGUAAAGCGUAAAGCAGAAGAGGAAGCAAGGAAACAGGCUGAAGAGGAGGCCCGUAAGAAAGCAGAAGAAGAGGCUAAGCGAAAAGAAGAAGAAGAAGAAGAAGAAGAAGAAGAAGAAGAAGAAGAAGCAAAGCGCAAAGCUGAAGAAGCGCGGAAGGCUGAAGAGAAGCGCAAAGAGGAAGCCAAGGAGGCCGAGAGCUUGCGCCAUUCGCGAGAAAUGGCGAACCAGGAAGCAGCCAGACGAGGGCAACACGAACAGCAGCAGCGCCCUGCACCUACCGCAGCCACAUCUCUCCAGGAUACUCAGCGUAUGAUGGCCGCUGCCAUGAUGGCCAGCGGAGCUACUAGUGGUGGCGGUGGUGGCGACUUGGAGACUGAGAUGGCCGCCAUCUUCAGAAAAAUGCGCGAUUUGAACCAGGCUGACCCUCAGAUGUUUGCACGUAUGUGGGAGACUGAGAGGCAGGCCCAUCUCACAAAAUCACAAGGUAACACUCCAGCACCUGCUCCAGCUCCAGUUCGCGUUCCUGCUACACCGCAGCAGUCUCAGGGACCUGCACGACCUGUGUUCAACCCAGCUCCGAACCAAGCACCUCAAGCACCUCAAGCACCUCAAGCGCCUAUGACUUCUGCUGCACCUUCCCGACCACCUGUUCCUGCUCCUGCUCCCCGUUUGGCUACUGCUGGACCUAGCAACGAUGCCCAAUCGAAUGCUAGAAGCGUACCUCCGCCUCCAGGAGGUCCCAACUCUCAUUGGCCUCCUGGCAAGAAGGCAACUUUGGCCGAUACCGCUACAAGAUGGCUGAACGCAAGACCAGAGAACGUCAACAAGUUAGUCUCGGUUGAGGAGGUUCAUGCGUUGAUUGCACCAAACCCUUCGUAUAUGACUCUAUGCGAAGGCCUUGAACGUAUGGGAUUAUACGUCGAUCGGGCUCAAUUUGCUCGUGCCUUGUUAUCAGUCGUUCCCGAUGCUGCCAAAGCAAAACCUGCAUCUCCUGCACUUCCGUCAGCGCAACCUCCAGCAGCUGUAGUUCCACCGUCUGCUUCUGCUUCUGGUCAAGCCACGCCAAAGAUAUCGUUGUCACAAAAGUAUCCUAACAUUGGCAAAUUUCCAGGACAACGAGGUCGGCCCAGUCGUGCUGCCUUGGCUGCUCUUCAAGAUCAGCAGAAUGUAGUGGAUCUUACCGGUCGCGACUCAGUACCUCCGACCACAUCUGCUCCACCUUCUUCUCGGCCAUACUACUCUGGAGCUCAUCCUGUUGACGCGCCUAUCGUGAACUACCAGGCACAGUGGGCUCCUGCAGAUGAUGUUCCACUCUACCCGACGUCUUACACUCCUCCUCAACCUCAGCCGCAACACCUACAACAACAUCAUCAACAAGAGCAACAACGCGCAGUGACAAUAAAAUUUCAAGAGCAGCACCGCAAGUACUCUAGUCCAUACUUUCAGCAGUCCGCUCAAGCAUCGAAUGUUGCAAGACCAGCGCCUUCUCCAGCAGUACCACGACCACCGCCAGCCAACAAGGACGAAGCAGCUCGCAAGCGUAAUUUUGCCGAGCUUGUUGACAUGACAGCAAUGGACUCAGAUUCUGACGAGGACAUGCCUCCAGCAGCAAAGCAAGUCAACACUGGACAAUACGAUACGGGUAUGAUUUCCGAACAAGUCAAUACUGUUCACAGUAAUGGUCAUUUCAAUCCUCCUGUGGUCCCGAAUCUUCAGCAAUACUACUUCAAUGGCCAAUACCACCCUGUUACAGUUCCUGUACCCUCGUCUGCUGCCACAAAGCUACGUCCAAUGGUCAUCAGCAAACACAUGGAACUCAAGGCUCUGACUCUGGUCGAGCCGGUCCGACGUGCCAAGGUUGCGCGCAAGUCCAGAUACGAUCCGCGAACGAUUUGCAGAGAUGUCCUUCUGGCGACAGGACGUCAUCCAGACAUGCGACCGUUGAAUCAACAUCUCAACUCGAUGCACAACUUCCUCAAGCUACACUCCAAGGACGUCGAACAGGACAAGUUCGAUCUCGACACGAUUCGCUGGGAUCUGAUUGAUCCAGGCGAGCCGAUAGACGAGCCCCUGGAAGCUGCAGAGGCAGAAGAUAGAGAGUCCACUCUCGAAGCAGAGACAAAGGAGAAGAACGCAACAGACGCUGAUGACGAGGGUGGAAGUGAAGACGAAGGCGGAGCACCACUCACUUUAGACGUUCCACCUGUCACUGCCGCUGCAGCUUCCACAGCCGAGAACUCGCCAGCACCUUUCAUAUCCGGUCGCCACGGUUCCAGCCAGCUUGUUGCCGUCGAAAUUGAUACGACCAAGACCAAAGGCCAUCCAGGUCGCUUCAGAAAGCCGUUCCCCAACCCCAAGCGACAGUCUGAACGCAAGAGUCUGCCGGCGACCGCGAGCCUAAGUAUUGGCAACGGAAAAUCGUCGGCUAAAUCCUCGACGCGCCGGCAUACCGAGGCGCAUCAGCGCGCGACACCAUCCGAGACACCUCGCAAGCAACAAACCCCAAACAUGUCGUCAACACCAAUUCCAGACAAGCCGGUCGGCUAUACAGCGUUCCGCUCAGCAGUUACUGAAAAAGGUCGCCCGGUCGGCUGGCGCAAGAGCGUCCAUAGUAAGGCAGCACUUGCAGCAGCAGCAGGCGAGAUCGGUGACAGCACAAUUCUCAAAUCAUCAGCGGCUCAGCGAACUGCUCGUAAUCAAGCAGUGCCAAGCUAUGCGCCACCAAAACAGCGUCGUGGUCGCCCUGCAAAACCAGUUGUCGAAGCAAAGGAGCCCGAGGUCGAGUUCAACGUUUACAAGUGUGAAUGGGAGGAUUGCGGUUCAGAGCUGCACAAUGUCGACACACUUCGCAAACACGUUCUCAAAGUCCACGGCAAAAAGACAGCAGAAGGCGACUACGAAUGCGCAUGGAUCGGCUGCUUCCAAGAGGACGAAGUGACUGCAUUCGACGACAUGGCAACAUGGAUGGAGCACAUGGAAAAGAUACACGUCAAGCCAAUCACACGCACUCUGGGAGAUGGACCUCGCUCAGGACUAUCAGACGACUAUUCUGAAAGGUCAGAUGCCUAUCUCUCAGACUCACACGGCAGACUGGUGACGCCGAUCAUCUCAAUGGAACCGCUGAAGCCAGGCACCAAGGACUGGCGAGUACAGCAAGCGGCAGAGGCGGCAGCACGAAGACUCAGCAACCUCACUGGAUCGAAGUUGAAUGAUGAAAAGCUUUUGCAGCAGAUGGAGGAGAAGAAGAGGCUCGUUGGACCAGCAUUGACUAAAUCAGGCUGUGUCUUGUUUACCGAGGAGCGUAGACGCAACUUUCUUCACGAUGAAGACUUUUAUGAAGUUGUGAAUCCCGAGGGAGCCCCAGCUUAUCCGCCCGAGGAAUUAGGCGUGUGA